AUGAAAGUACUGGUGACUGGCGCUUCCGGUUAUUUAGGUGGGAGGUUAUGCCACGCACUACUGGAUCAAGGCCACAUCGUCCGCGCCUUAGUUCGUCGCACCAGCGACCUCUCCGGUCUGCCUCCAGCCACCACCGCUGAAUCCUUCGAGCUAGCCUACGGUGAUGUCACCGACUAUCGCUCCCUUCUCGAUGCAUUCUCUGACUGCCACGUCAUCUUCCACGCUGCCGCCCUUGUCGAGCCGUGGCUGCCCGAUCCUUCUAAAUUCGUCGCAGUCAACGUGGGAGGAUUGAAGAAUGUGUUGCAAGCUGCUAGAGAAACCAAUUCAAUCGAGAAGAUUAUCUAUACGUCGUCGUUUUUUGCUCUUGGACCAACUAAUGGAUUCAUUGCCGAUGAGAGUCAGGUGCAUCCUGAGAAAUCUUUUUGUACGGAAUACGAGCGAUCUAAGGCAACCGCUGACAAAAUCGCACUGCAAGCUGCAGCGGAUGGCGUGCCAAUUGUAAUGGUGUAUCCUGGUGUCAUUUAUGGUCCAGGCAAGCUUAGUACAGGCAAUGUUGUGGCUCAAUUGCUGAUUGAGCGCUUUCAAGGGCGUUUACCCGGGUAUUUGGGGCAUGGAAAUGAUAGAUUUUCCUUUAGUCAUGUCGAUGAUGUAGUACAAGGACAUAUUGCCGCAAUGAACAAAGGUAGAUUAGGUGAGAGAUAUCUACUCACGGGAGAAAAUGCUUCGUUUAUGUAUGUUUUUGAUGUAGCUGCUAUCAUCACUAAUUCAAAUAAGCCGGGAUUUUGCAUUCCUCUAUGGGCGAGUUGGGGUUAUGGAUGGUUACUGAUUCUUAUUUGCUACAUUACGGGAAAGCUUCCUCUCGUUAGUCCACCGACAGUGCGCGUUCUAAGACAUCAGUGGGCUUAUUCUUGUGAGAAGGCUAAAGCCGAGCUGGAUUAUCAUCCCCGAAGCUUGCAGGAUGGAUUAAAGGAGGUUUUACCGUGGUUGAAAAGCUUAGGGGUGAUAAAAUAUUGAGUGAAUAAAUGCUUUCUUGAAUUUCUUUUUUCCUUCAAGAACAGUAUAUCGGUCUUGCCAAGCUGAUGAAUUGUUGUUGUAUCUUUUGAAAUAAUAUUGAUUUUUCGGUUUAAAGUUUAAACACUUCGUAGAGUUGGUCGUUAGUGGAUUCAUCAUGCUAGAUGCUAUGUACAGAGUUUGGUGUUAAUUUUUGUUCUUUGUCACUUAAGCAAGUGCACUUGUUUGAAAGUCUGUUUACCGUUUAACUGAAUAACUAAAGAAUGCUUGUCUACUGUUUU